UCCACUGACUUGCUACGUUUCAGUACGUCCAGGCAGUUCUAACAAAUUUGAAGCAUACAUUUUCAGUUUCAAACCUGUUCUAUCGGUUUGUGACUUUGUGGUAAACUUGCUCUCUUCAUAAGUUGCUUGCUCGUUUGCGGAACAAAGCAUAAUUUUUGUUUUAUUUGUGUGUUUGAGACCACAUACUCUGUAGAUAUUUACACGCCUUGGACUCUACUAUUUUGAAGCUUUUUAAUUUGCUGUUUCUUGAACUGUUAUAAAAAGGAAAAUUUGGAAAAAGGUGACUCUUCUUGCGAUAGUGCUCACGAUUUUGUCUCGCUCUCCAUGCAUUGUUGUUCAAGUUCCACGGCCCAGACUAGUACCAGACGUUUGCGCAGUACAAACACGAGUAUAUCUCCGCUGAGGAAAUGGGAAACCACGAGAGCAGUCAGCACCGCAGCCACAAAAAAUCCCCGGGCCGCGCCAACAGUAUCCCGGUGGCCAGCGUCCACUCCGAUCCGCUGAUCACGCCGCACGAGUGCCGUUCACCCACCUGCAGCAGCCAGGAACACCACAUGUCGGUGCAGCGCAGCAACAGCGCUCCUGUGCGUUAUCGCCAUGAUUCUCUCAGCUCCACGUAUUCCACCAGUCUGGAAGGAGCUUAUACGGACGCUUACGACGGGAUGUCCCCGACGACCUUUGGAGGAAACUAUCACAAGGACGUUCCGCGAAAAGUGCGCGCGCAGAAUUUCGAUGAUGUGCAUGGGAAUAAGCUGAAUAUGCCCUUUGAUUCUAAGCAGGGCUCGGGAUUUGAUUUGGACUGGCAGUAUAACGAGAAGAUGCGCAAGCGUGUGAUUGUUAAGCGGUCACUCAAUCCGGAUCAUCCACUAUACCAUAAGUUGAUCCCGCGAAUUGCGGAAGGCAAUGAAGACUCUGGCCGAAUUUAAUUUCUGACUGCAUGUUUGCCAAUUCGUUUUCGGUUUUAUGGCGUCGAGUAAUUCUUCUCUUAUACGGAACUCCUGCCUGAAUAUCUCUGAACUCUUUACCUUGGGAAUCCGCUCCACUCUCCAGUUGUUUUGAGUUCUUCACUUUGGUGGUUUAUGUCCUUCCGUUGUUAGUUUAGAUGGUAGGCCGACAAUGAGUCUACUACCGAUUGCUGGCAUAAUGGAAAGUGGUGCCUACAGUAUUUGUUUCGUCAAAACUCGAUUAAUCAAUUUUAUGUCUUUGCACGUUGUUAUGUAUUUUACAUCCUAGGGUAAAUGGUUUCUUUUUGAAUGAGUUACUGCUCACUUGUAUGUAUUCUGUACUUCCCCUCUGUUGGUGGUAAAUGUAGACUGACCUUGAGAGGUCUGUACGCUGUGGACGUUUUAAAUUUCAGCGAAAUG